CACUCACGGUGGUGCUGGUUUAUUGCUCCUGUUAUAAGCUAUAGGCGCCCUUAAAGACAGGAGGCACAUGCGGCGGGAUGCUCUGCCUUCUGUCGCCGGUAAAGGUGUGUCGCAAAGAGCACGAAGUGCCCCGGCUGAAGGAAGGAGUGCUGAAGGGGUGUGCUCCGUGUUAAACAAGGUGAAGCAUUAGCAACAGGCCAGAGUACAAAACCGGGGCAAACAACUGAAGAUGUCAUCAUGUUUGGCUCAGGAGGUUCACCUUGCUAAAAGACAUGAGGAGAUACUGUCUCAGAGAUCAGAGCUGCUACAGCAGAUGGAGACUUAUCUAAGAGACAAAAAGACUAAAAAGACAUGGCAAACUCAAGCAGCUGAUGCAGCUCGUAAAAGGAAUGCAGCACUUUUAAAUGAUAUAGAAGUAGCAGAAAAAAGGCUGCAAGAAGGAAUGUAUUUACUUCCACAUCCUGAUACUGUUAAGUUAGAAACUCUCUAUUUGGCAUCAAUAAAAGAAUCUCUUCCCAAGUGGGAAGACUUUCUUUUAGGAAGAGCAGAAGUUCCUAUUGGCUUUAAGGAAACGAAAGCUACAAAGCAGAGCAUAAACUACCCUGAAGAAGAUUCACAAAAAUAAACAUUUUAGUUUCAUUUUGUUUUGUAAUUUAUCACUUAAGCAGAGAUCAUCCAGGUCGGGCAACAGAAUAUCAUUCCAUUAAACUGAAAUGUACAUUAUUUAAAUGAAAAUGAAUUAUAUAGGACAAUUUCAUUCUAUUGUUGCGUUGUGUACAAUUCCUUAUUUUCAUUCUGUACUACAGAAGCAAUCCUCAAAUGAGUUUUUAGGAUCAAGAAUGAGAAACAUUGAUGUAUAGAUUUCCAGCAAGGCAAUUGGGUUUUCACUGUGAGAAGAGUUUUACGUUAUUUUUAAUCCUCUGCUUCUACAUAUAAGUGCGAUAAGUAAAGACAGAUUCUUGCAUUAUCUUUCUUCACUUCAGUCAUCUGUGCUUCAUGCCUGCUCGUGGAUGAGAGAGAAAGGAAGAAUUUACUGUUAGCAGAAAAGGCAGACUGUGCAUCAGAGUAGCCUUGGUUAAGCACCAGGAAUCUGUGCAAGAACCUUCACGAGAGCAGUUAUGGAAGGAACUUGAAUUUCUGCAUCUUGUUUUCUCUGGGUUUUUUUUUUUUUUUGUCAUUGCCACUUUCAUCACUCGUACACCUCACUCCAGGCAGCUUUUCUCAACUUCCUUCUGCCUACAUUGUAUUUCUUGUCUAAGGGUGGGCAAACAAAUCUCUGGGGCUUUUUGCUACUUCUAGGCUGCUCUUAAUGCUAUUUUCUUUCUGCUGAUACAAUCUAAAAAAAAGUGAGACCUUUUUCUGAGGCAUGAAAAGUUUGAAAGAAGCAAACUGAAAGGUAACUGGCAGUGGCUGUCCAAGAACAAAGCAUAUACAGAAGUUGAGGAUAUAUUUUCAUUUUCAGCCACUGAACAGCUUCCCAUCUUCCUCCUACAGGUGCAGUUUUAAUUGUACUGAGCUAACUAGGUAUGAAAAAUUCACUCGUACAAAACUUCUGAAAGUGUUGCUUCAGUGGAAGAUCCUGCCUGGUGUGUGACAUAGCCUGCAGAAAAUGAAUCUUUCCUAAGCAAAAGAAGCCUAGAAAAUAUUAAUUUAUUUUACUGUUAAGAACCUGGACUUGAGUCAAUAUACUUUUAAAAUUUAAUUUCCUGCAACAACACCAUUCCACCCCCAACUUGGAAGUAGUAGAGGAAAAAAAGUACCUUUGCCAAUGUCUGAGGAUAUGAAAAUGUAAUGGUUGCAAAUAUUGCUAGUCUAGUUAUCUAGGCAAUGCAUCUUCAUACUACCUAGAGAGAGACCUCACUAUUAAAAAAACAUAUCCCUGUGCAGCAUGAAGACUCACUGGCACAAUAAAAUCAAAACUUUAGGUGCAAUAUAAAAUUGCUGUAUAUUUUCCACAGGAAUACUAGGAGUUCAUUUUAAACUUUUUUCUAUUGAAGUGUCCAUUAAACUGAUAACUUUUUACAGAAACUGCCAUCUUAGAAUUAUCCUGUUGAGUGGGUGUUGGUGUUUGUAACAAUAACGUUGUUUUCAUAAUAUGUGAUGGCAGAUUAGCACGCUUCUCUGCAGUGUUGUUAACAGUUGUAAUUAAGGAAUAAACAGUAAAGGGUGUCAGUCCGAUGACAAUUUCAUCUAUAGUGUCACAAUACAAAAUGUCACAAAAUAUUAGAACUGUUAUAUAACUACAAAAAUAUCAAAUUAGGCUUUCAUCUUACAAGCUGAGAGCUUAAAAAAAACUUGGCAUAGAGACCAUUGCAAUUUUAUACCUACUCAGUGUUCUGUCACAAAGACAACUUGGUAAUAUUUUCUUCUGUAAAAUCACAAUGUGAUUCUCAAUCUGAUUUAGUGGGAAUGUGUAUGGAUCUUGCAGUUGUAGCGCUCCUGUUUAAAAAGCAAAUAAUUGGAACCAGUUGAGCACACAAGAAGGGAAAACCUAUUAUACAUGAUGCUCAGAAUGAAGGAAUGGAUGAGCAGUUAGUUACUGACAAAGAAUGGGAUUCAUCCUCUUCUUUGCAUCCAAAGGGAAAUCACUUCAACAAAAAUCUGGGCCCCUAAGUACUUUAUACAUGCAAAUAAUCUGGGUCUUUAUCUCCUCCGACUCCGCCUAAGCACUGGGACACAAUGCAGAUGCUCACUAUCUCCUUGCCCUUGUGAUUUCCCCUGGAAGGAGAUGCAGGUGUAUGGACACUGAGUGCAUGGCAGCUCCAUGGGUGAGAAUUUGGCAUGAAAGGCGCCUGCAAGCAGGGUUAGAGUAGUUACCUACUGUGCUGCAGUUUGGUGCUCACAUAGCGUGUCUGAGAGUAAAACAAAAUUAUCUUCAAAGAAGGAAUUUAAAUUUAUUUCUUGGAGCAUAACUUUAGAAGCAAUAGGACAACUAGUUCAAGGAAAACUGUAGGAACAUGUGCAGAAAAGGAAAAACUGAAUGAAGAGAAACAUUUAAAUGAGGCAUGUGUGUAGGUGACUGUUCGCAGAGACGAGUACCUUCAUGUUGUUCUGUGGUUGGAACAAAUAAGUGCAAUUGUCAAUGACUGUGAAAUAGCACAGUACAGGAGCAAGUGACUGCUGAGCUGGGGCAGGCAGUGGCAGGGACCAGAAUUAUAUGGUCUCUCCUGUUCUACUUAUAUUUGUUGAGUUUAAUGUACCGUGGCUGGGGUAGCUUGAUACUUGCCUUUUUAGAGAUACAGAUUUGAGAAAUAAAAUGUUAAAUUUUAGUGUGCUUUGAAAAAAUUUAGGAAUCCCCCAAGGUGAUUUAUAUUAAUGUGAUCUAAUAUUAGUCUCCUAUGAGAUCUUGAAUGGGUAAUCUUCACCAAGUCAAGGCUGUCAAAUAUAUUGAUUCUAUGUAGUUAUACCCCAUCUUAUCCCAAGCUUAUAUAUAUAUAUAUAUCAAAAAAUAAAAAAUAUAGAAAUUACAUCAUAUAUAUCUUCUGUAAUUUCCUACUCAUCGUGAGUACAUUUUUUUCUCAAAACCCUCACCAACACCCCCC